AUGAAUACUAGCACAAAUAUAGAAAUGAGUGGUAUAAGGCAAAGAAGGAGAGGUGUUUUAAGUGAUAAGUCUCCAAUCACCGAUUCCAUUUUAAAAAGUGUCAAGUAUAUUGACAUAUAUGGUAAGGUACACGAUGAUUAUUGUGCUAAGUCAACUAGUGGAAGUAUAAUGUCCAUACUUGUCUAUAUACUAGUUAUAAUUUUAACUAUAGGGGAAUUUUUGAAGUAUAUAGGAGGAGAGACGGUAGAACAUAUUGGUGUAGAUGAUAAUAUGAACCAAAAAUUAGAUAUUAGAUUAGACAUUUCAUUUCCAAGCUUAAGAUGCAGCGAAAUAUCUGUGGAUACUGUUGAUAAUGUUGGUGAGAACCAGGUUAAUGCUCAUGGUAACCUAUUAAAAAUACCUAUUGAUAUACAUGGUAAUGAAGUACAAGAAGAAAUUAUGGCUCAGUACAAUGAAUCUACUUCUAUGAAGUGUUUGAGCUGUUUUGGGGCAGAAAGUAUACAUUACAAGUGUUGCAAUACAUGUGAAUCUCUUAAAAGCGCAUUUAGGUAUAAAGGAUGGUCCUACUUAGAUAUUGCUAGCAAAGCUCCUCAAUGUAUUAACACAGUUGGCUGUCGAUUACAUGGUAGUUUGCAAGUAAAUAAAGUUUCAGGAAACAUUCAUGUAGCUUUGGGACAAGCUACAGUUAGGGAUGGUAAACAUGUUCAUGAGUUCAAUAUGAAUGAUAUUUCACGAGGUUUUAAUACAUCACAUACUAUUCAUGAACUUAGAUUUGGCAAAGAUAAUAUUGAAUUUAUUGGAUCUCCUUUAGAGAAUACCAAAAAAAUUGUGACUACUGGUACUUCGAUGUUCCACUAUUAUUUAAAACUUGUACCUACUCAGUUCAUUAAAAGUGGAUAUAGUAAAGUAUUGUUUUCAAAUCAGUAUACUUAUACUGAAAGGCAGAAAGAUGUAUUAGUAAAAGAUGGAGAAUUAUCAGGCCUUCCUGGAGUAUUUAUUGUUUAUGAUUUCCAACCAUUUGUAAUUCGUAAGAUACAUAAUUCAAUUCCAACUACACACUUCUUAACUUCAUUUUGUGCAAUAAUAGGUGGAAUAUAUUCACUGAUGUCAUUAGUAGAUUCGAUCUUAUUUUGGUUUAUUAAAAGAACAUCAGCUAUAUUAUCAGGUAAUUUUAAGAGUAACUACUAA